UUUAGUGGCUCAGCAUAUGCCAGACACCCUACAAACCACAUUUCCUCAAUUCAGUCGCCUGUAGCGAUACUACUUUUCCCUCGAGGUCUCGCUGCAGCGGCAGCAGAACCCGUGCGGGGACAUGCGAAGAGCUUCUGGAGGUCUUUGUAAGCGGAUUGUUUGAGGGAACGUAGGUUUGGUAGAACUACGAGGAGCGAGUGAAAGCCGCGGCGCGAGCGUGUGUUUAUGUAUGUAGACAUGGCAGGGCUGUGCACAUCCGGGCCACAGCACCGUGACUCCAUUAUUUUCUGUUCACUGUGAAACUGGCGUUGAGGGCAACCAGAAAGCAACUCUACAGCACAUUCGACUCGUUUUCUGUAAUAAUCAGCCGGGAUAAGGGUCAAGGACAUGUCUAAUCAAGGAGUUAGAAGAAACGGGCCCGUUAAGUUACGUUUAACAGUUCUUUGCGCAAAGAACCUGGUGAAGAAAGACUUCUUCCGAUUGCCAGACCCCUUCGCUAAGGUGGUGGUGGACGGUUCGGGGCAGUGCCACUCAACAGACACAGUGAGGAACACGCUGGACCCCAAAUGGAACCAGCACUAUGACCUGUAUAUCGGGAAGUCGGACUCCAUCACCAUCAGCGUGUGGAACCACAAGAAGAUCCAUAAGAAACAGGGAGCGGGAUUCCUGGGAUGCGUACGACUCCUCUCCAACUCCAUUAACCGACUCAAGGACACAGGCUGUGAGUAUCAGCGUUUGGACCUGAACAAGUUGGGGCCCAAUGACAGCGAUACCGUGAGGGGACAGAUAGUAGUGAGUCUUCAGUCCAGGGACAGGAUCGGCACCGGAGGGCCAGUGGUGGACUGCAGUCGUCUGUUUGACAAUGACCUGCCUGAUGGCUGGGAGGAGAGGAGAACUGCAUCUGGCCGGAUCCAGUAUCUGAAUCAUAUCACACGCAGCACCCAAUGGGAAAGACCUACAAGGCCUGCAUCCGAGUACUCGAGCCCCGGCCGGCCACUCAGCUGCAUUGUGGAUGAGAACACACCCAUCAUGACGCCCAACGGGGCAGCAGGCGUACCUGUGGAUGACCCCCGGGUGCAGGAGCGAAGGGUUCGCUCUCAGAGACACAGAAACUACAUGAGCAGAACUCACCUACACACACCGCCGGACCUGCCCGAGGGAUACGAGCAAAGGACCACGCAGCAGGGUCAGGUCUAUUUCCUGCACACACAGACGGGCGUCAGCACAUGGCACGACCCCAGAGUGCCCAGGGAUCUCAGUAAUGUGAACUGUGAGGAGCUGGGCCCGUUGCCUCCAGGCUGGGAGAUCAGAAACACAGCCACCGGACGCGUGUACUUUGUGGACCACAACAAUCGAACCACACAAUUCACAGACCCGCGUCUCUCCGCUAACCUGCACCUCGUCCUAAAUCCCAGUCCCAAUGGCUCGCGUGGUGCUGUUGAGGCUCAGAGCAGUCGUCCCGCACAGCUGAAGGAGCAGGCUCAGUCUGUCGUGUCUCCUGCAAAUCUCCCCGAGGACCCUGAAUGUCUCACGGUGCCCAAGUACAAGCGAGACCUGGUGCAGAAACUGAAAAUCCUGAGACAGGAGCUGUCCCAGCAGCAACCGCAGGCGGGACACUGCCGUAUUGAGGUCUCGAGGGAGGAGAUCUUUGAGGAAUCAUAUCGGCAGGUGAUGAAGAUGAGGCCGAAGGACCUGUGGAAGAGGUUGAUGGUCAAGUUCAGAGGAGAGGAGGGUCUCGACUAUGGUGGAGUCGCGAGGGAGUGGUUAUACUUGCUGUCACAUGAGAUGUUAAAUCCAUACUAUGGACUGUUCCAGUAUUCACGAGAUGACAUCUACACGCUGCAGAUCAACCCGGACUCUGCCGUUAAUCCUGAGCAUUUGUCUUAUUUCCACUUCGUGGGGAGGAUUAUGGGAAUGGCUGUUUUCCAUGGUCACUACAUAGACGGAGGCUUCACUCUGCCCUUCUACAAGCAGCUGCUGGGGAAACCCAUCACUCUGGACGACAUGGAGUCAGUGGAUCCAGAUCUCCACAACAGCCUCGUCUGGAUCCUAGAUAAUGACAUCACUGGGGUGUUGGACCACACGUUCUGCGUCGAACACAAUGCAUACGGAGAGAUCAUUCAGCACGAGCUCAAACCCAAUGGCAAGAGCAUCCCUGUCACCCAGGACACCAAGAAGGAGUAUGUGAGACUUUAUGUGAACUGGCGGUUCCUGAGGGGCAUCGAGGCUCAGUUCCUGGCCCUGCAGAAAGGCUUUAAUGAGGUCAUCCCACAACACCUACUCAAAGCAUUUGAUGAGAAAGAGCUGGAGCUUAUUGUGUGUGGACUCGGGAAGAUCGACAUCAAUGACUGGAAGUCAAACACCCGUCUGAAGCACUGCACACCUGACAGUAACAUUGUGAAGUGGUUCUGGCGGGCCGUGGAGUCGUAUGAUGAGGAAAGAAGAGCCAGACUGCUGCAGUUUGUCACCGGCUCCUCCAGAGUCCCACUACAAGGAUUCAAAGCCCUGCAAGGUGCUGCUGGACCUCGUCUCUUCACCAUCCAUCAGAUCGACGCCAGCACCAAUAACCUGCCCAAAGCACACACUUGCUUCAACCGUAUCGACAUUCCUCCAUACGAGAUCUACGAUAAACUCUACGACAAACUGCUGACGGCCAUCGAGGAGACCUGCGGCUUCGCUGUGGAAUGAUCGUCCACCGUUGGCGCUCGCAGAGGAACCUUUCUCCAGGCGGGACGGACCUGUCAGUCAGCCGGCAGACGCGUGAGCCUCACGAGGAGCUCAGACAGAAAGGCUGAGGCAGGGUGGAUUAUACAGCAGCACUCCACGCCUGAUGCUGCUUUACAGAUCUUUCUGCAUUAUUUGAAAAGAAGAGAAGAAAACAACGGAUCUUUUCAGCUGCUAGAAACUCUUGUACUUACUAUUUUGGAACCUCCUCUUCCUUUUUUUUUCUUUUUUUUUUUUUUUAAGUCCAUAGGUUGAUUUUUAGCAUUAAGACAACAUAUUAACAGUAUUUCAUGUAGCAUUUUCACAGACUAGACUUAAGGGGAAAGGGGCACGCAGAACAAGAGCGUUCACGCAUAAGCUAACGCAGAAGCACUACUGUCCUUACCGAAGACUAGACGAGAAGAGGAAGCCAAUGUCAACAAAAGACUAAGUUUGUCAUUUGGGACUUGCAAAGGGUUGGACUUGAGCAAGCCGUGAGAUUAUUUCCUUUCGAUCAGGGAACUGGGCUCCUCUGGCCUCUUCAGGGCUGCCCUACACCAGACGUCAUCUUGACUACCUGUGCUCCAUAACUCAAGACUGGAGUCAUCUGCAGACUGAUUUAUAAGCUUGUUGAACGUGAACGAAUGAAUACAUGAAUUCCUAGGUAGGUAGGUAGUCUAGCUUUAUUUUUUUACGGCGUGAGAGGACGAGGUAAAACAUAAUAAAAUUAUACAGAUAUAAUAUAUUGGCAUCGUCACAGGAACUGAUGGCUGCCGAUGUUUCCAGAGCAGAAAAUGAAGUUGUGUCCAAUGAAAAAAGGCUUUAAUGAGGUUGGCAUUGGCUUGCUUUGAAUGUUCAAAUUCCAUCUUUUUUUUUUCUUUUUUUUGUAAGAAAAUUUGUGAAGAAAAACAUUUUAAUAUGUUGCAUUAUUGGUGUCAACUUUUUUGGUAAACUGUAUUCUUAUUUGUCUCGGAUGUCAAUCAAACCCUUUAAAAUAUUUAAAUAUGAUGCAUAUCUAUGAGCAUGUUAAUGAGAUGUGAAGUGUCUUCCAUGUCAUACCUUCUCAUUAUAUUGUUACGGUUUAUUUCCUGGGCCUGUUUAUUAUUAUUAUUAUUAUUAUUAUUAUUAUUUCAUAAAAGAAGAAAUGUAACUCUACCCCUCGUGGAAAUCAAGGGAGAGUAGUGUCUGUAUUACUUGUUAGUUUUGUAAUUUAUUAUUAACCCAUUGUAGUACCAAUUUACUGAACAUUUUGACCAUGAAAAAUGUAACUGGCCUUCAGUGAGCAUUUACAGACACACUGCAAGGAGGAUCGCUGUAUUAAAGAACAAGAAACAAUUCUAUCUUUUAUAGAAAUGCAUCAGCUUUAGCAGAAAACAACAAAAGCAUGUCUGAUGUGCUCUUUGUAAGCCUCUGAAAUGCACAGCUUAAAAACCUGUUCCUUCAAGAUUAUUAAAAGAAACUGCAUAAAUAAACACAUGCGGAUAUAUAUAUAUAUAUAUAUAUAUAUAUAUAUAUAUAUAUAUAUAUAUAUAUAUAUAUAUAUAUUAGUUAAAUGUGUCUGAGAUGCUGCCUGUCUAUAGCAAUCCUUUAUGACCAUGGACUGUUGUUAAGAGUUUGCAUACGCUGAAUUUGAGCUAUACAUCUUUUGUUUUUUUAUAAAUUUGAGUGUGAAAGGUGAAACAAAAAUAAAAAAAGCCUCUGGAUGGAUA